CGAAAGAUAUCGGUGAAGCGCGUCAAGACGUCUCCGUCGGUUGCAAUGCGCCGCUGACGUUGCCCUCUCUUCCAUCUUCGCUCUUCUCUCUGGUCAUGGAAUUCGUUACGUUCCGCUACAGCCCAGGUCUGCUCCCCAACAAGCGUUCGCCGGCUUGGAAAAGUCUGAACGAGAUGGCAAUAACUCAGUUCCAGCAAGAAACAAUGAACAUCCGGCUAAAACAUGGGACCCAGGAGGAACUUACGAACAUCCGAAACGAGAUUUCACAUCGAAGUUUCCUUGUGCGCGAUCGUCGCGUGUACAUUGGACAGAAGGAGAAAUACAGCUACAGGGAACCUGGUUUUAUGCUCUUGACCAAGGAGACAGAAGAGCUCAAGGUAGACUGGGAUUCACUAUUGGGGAGUUUCCAUGAGCUGGAACGUAUUGAUCUGAAGCUUGUGCCACUGGAGAGUCAACAUCUUCCUCUGUUAUUGAGGGCGGCGGGGAAGCACUGUGUGCAGCUGGAAGCUCUGAUUCUGCCACGAAAGCCGGACUGGAAGAAACCUGCGAAGGGGAAAAAAUAG